AUGGUCCACGGCAUCAGCGACUCUCUGCUAUCCUCCACCAUCCUAGCCUGGGACACAGACGGCUUUGUAGACGGAAAGAAGAAGAAGAUUCUCGUCGCCACGGCCAUGAACACGGCAAUGUUUCGAAAUCCCAUCACGCAGCGUAACUUGAAGCUGCUCAACGAGCUCAUGGGCGGCGCCGAUGGAUGGGUCGAAGAGCUGCAGACCAUCUCCAAAGGACUUGCCUGUGGCGAUGUUGGCCAAGGAGCAAUGGCGACGGUGGAUACGAUUGUGGCCGCGAUCGAGGAAAAGCUUGGAUUGGCAGCAAAGGACAGUCGGGACGAAGAAUAA